AUGAUGGCCGAGAAACUUCACCUGCCGUCGCCCUACACGGUUCCCAACUCUCUGGACUGCGAUGUGUAUCCCCUACGGUGGAGGCCGGCUGCGUUCGACGACCCGCCGGACAUCACCGGCCUGCCGUCCAUUGACCACGCGCUGUAUCUCUUCAACACCGUGAAAUUUCAUCUGCACCAGAACUAUCGUUUCUUCGACGAGGAGACGUUUCUCGCCCACGUGCAUGAAUUUUACUUUGGAGCCGCUGCCCAGAAGGCCGCCGAUUGUCGUCUCUGGUUCGUCCAGUUUCUGCUGGUGCUGGCCUUUGGUAACGCUUUCCUGCAAUCGCGGGCGACGCAGGAUCCGCCGGGCUCGAAAUUCUUCGUGCGAGCUAUGUCAUUGAUUCCCGACCACGCAUCUCUCUGGAAGGAUAGUCUACUGGCGACUGAGGUCCUGGCGUUGGCCGGUCUGUACUUGUAUUGCAUUGACCACCGGGAAUCGGCACACGUCUACGUAGGCCAGGCCAUCCGAAUCGCUCAAAUGGAUGGUUUACAUACGGAGUUGCCGGAAGACGAACUGGGCGUGGAGACGGUGGCGCGGUGCCGUAACCUUUGGUGGACACUGUAUGUCAUGGACCGGCAUUUUUCUUCGUCAGUCGGGCUACCUAUGACCACGCAAGAUGACGAUAUCACCACCGUGAUUGACCCGCCAAGUACCUGCUCCCAGAGGGACGCCACCCUUAGUCUACAUGUGAAGCUAUCGCAUCUGCUGUCCUUUAUCCUCACUUCCAUAUACAAGAACGAAAAGACCGCUCUUGGCACUUUCCUGGAAAAGACGAGAUCCAUCCUGCAAACCAUGGCUGGACAUGCCCAGGAGAUCGAAAAUAUCAUUCAUCUCAGGUUUCAGAAUUCGGUCGAUACAAUGCCCAGAGGCACGCGCCAUAUCACUUUGCUGUAUCAUCAGUGCGUGAUUUUCGCCACGCGACCGUUGUUGCUAUCCGUGUUAAAGGAACGACUGGACAAGCUAGGGCACGAGGAAGAAAACUGGGAGAGUUUCCUAGCCCCGACAAAGACUCUGAUCUCGACCGGAAUCAAAUCCGCGGCGAAGACGCUGCAAAUACUGUCGGACGAAGACAGUCUUUUGGAGGUUUUCUUGCCUUUCCAGCUGGAGUUUACCUACGGGGCUGCCAUCCUAUUGCUGAUGGCCACGACCCUGUUUCCGCACGCCACGGAGGGCCAGAGUUACACCGCGGAGGCGCACGCUAUCCUAGAUGAGAUGAUCUAUAAAGGGAAUCGCCUCGCAGUGACACGCAAGACCGAGCUAACCCAUCUAGAAGGCCUGUUUGACGAGCUGGGUGCGCGCAUUGAACGGCGUGGUCUCCAGACGCUAACACUUGCAAGUCCCGACCAGGAUGUUGGCGACCUCACGCACGAGCCGGAGGAAGAUACGACGCUGACCGGCCCAGCCACCAUGACGCCGUCGAUGCUUGGGGAUCCCGGCUGUUCUCCCUCGGUGCUGCCGCCGAUUGCCAGCAACCUGGAAUUUUUGGAGAACAUCGGUAUCUCGUCCGAUGAGUUUCUCUCGAUCGUCAACCAGAUCGGGAACCCUGUCAGUCACAGUGUUCUGGACCCGGGUCAGUUGCGAAAGUCCGCAUUUUGA